UGGUGACACUUCAUUGAUUUGAAAACAGAAGAAAGAAGAAGAAUCUAGCGACUGGCAGGCGAUUUCGUGGCAGAACUCGUAAUUUGAAGCGCUUCAAGGUUCAAGCCGCCUCAUAGUUGAUAGCUCCACAUUACCUCGGAGCGUUGUGGAAGCACCAAGAAGCGUACUUUUCCUUCUCAAAUUCGUAAGCAACUCUCUCAUUCCUAUGACCCUGUUCACUCUAAAACCCCGUUUGGUUGCCGAGAAAAUGCGCGAAAUACCAGAGAGGUAAAAAGAAACCCGAGACUUCGAAUGUUCGUUCAUUGCUCAGAAGCUCCACCGGUCCACCUGAUCCAAAAAGAGCUUGUUCAUCUACAUAUUCUCUUUCCACAAUUGAUGAGCCUAUGAGACCUGAUCAUACCAUUAAGAACAUCUUAAGUAGGUACGUCAUCUAAAACAAGUGGUGCACAGGUUCUGCAGCUACAUUGGACGGGAGGUUGUAAUUACAUUUCAAGCACAUGGAAGAUCUUAAGCAUCUAUGUUCAAAUGAGAAAAAAAGGCUUCGUGGUUUAACUCCACUGAGGGCGUGCAGGGGUUUGAUGUGUAUACUGGUGCUACUUUCAACAGCAUUCAUUAUGUUGGUGUAUUUUGGCUUUGUGAGUGCUGUUAUGUUGCGACUUUUCAGCAUACGUUACAGCAGGAAAGCAACGUCCUUUUUCUUUGGUGCUUGGCUAGCUUUGUGGCCUUUUCUCUUUGAAAAAAUAAACAAGACUACAGUUGUUUUCUCUGGGGAAACUGUUCCUGCAAGGGAACGUGUUUUACUUAUUGCAAACCAUAGAACUGAGGUUGAUUGGAUGUACUUGUGGGACCUUGCAUUGCGGAAGGGAUGCCUGGGAUACAUAAAGUAUGUCCUUAAGAGCACUUUGAUGAAAUUACCAGUGUUUGGUUGGGGAUUUAGCAUAUUGGAGUUCAUCCCAGUGGAGAGGAAGUGGAAGGUUGAUGAAUCUACCAUCCGCCAAAUGCUUUCCACAUUCAAAGAUCCUCGAGAUCCCCUCUGGCUUGCUCUUUUCCCAGAAGGCACAGAUUUCACUGAUCAGAAAUGCAUUCGGAGUCAAAAACAUGCUGCUGAAAGGGGCCUACCACUCCUAAAAAAUGUGUUGCUUCCGAAAACAAAGGGCUUCUGCACCUGCUUGGAGGAGUUGAGGGGCUCUUUGGAUGCAGGUUAUCUUAUUUGUGUGUUUUAUGAUGUAACCAUUGCCUACAAGCAUCGCUGUCCAUCUUUCUUGGACAAUGUCUUUGGGGUGGACCCUUCUGAAGUUCAUAUUCAUGUUCAACGGAUCCCUCUUGACGAUAUCCCGACAUCUGAAGACAAGAUUUCUAGUUGGUUAAUGGAUAAAUUCUGUCUCAAAGACCAGUUACUUUCCAAUUUUUAUAUUCAAGGCCAUUUUCCUUGUCAAGGAACAGAAGGGGAACUUUCCACGGUGAAGUGCCUUGUUAAUAUUGUGGCAAUUAUUGUCUUGACCAGCAUUUGUGCGUUCUUCACCUUGUUCUCCUCCAUCUGGUUCAAAAUGUAUGUGUCUUUGGCCUGUGCUUAUUUCGCAACUGCAACUUACUUCAAUAUACGACCACUGCCAAUUUUUGGCCUUGUGAACUUAUAGUGUAUUGAGUAUGCACCGGCAACAUAUACCAAAAUUGAGUUCUGUUGUAAUUUUAUAGUAGGGCUCGGGCCCAAAGGUUAAGGUUUUUUCUUCUCAAGAAUAGUUGGAUCGUUGAACUUAUAUGCAUAAUUGAGACAAUUUCCUAAAUAGUUCACAUUGUGUAUGUACAAUCAUUGUAUAUUCGAUAAACCCUUAAGUCGUAUGUAGCUAUUUGAUCUUUGUAUAUUUGUUGUUUCC